UACGACAGCGGGCGUAAAUCCCGCCAGUCGCAUCGUCUGUCAAAUGUCUAUGAAUCAGAAACCACACAAUCCGGAAUCUGAUUCUAAGAAUUUAAUUACUCCCAGAAACCUACGCCGAAACGGCACCUGCCGAACUUACCGUAAGCGUUAAGAUGGCAGUAGAUAGGUCCCCACGUUCCGCUCCAGACUCUUAGCGGCUAGUCCCAAAGUGGUAGGUAGAUCUCCCCCCGCACGGAAUUAAAGCGGAAUUUACCCGCAGCGGGAAUUUUAAUCCGUCAGCCUCUUCCAUAGAAAGGUAUAAAUUCAACUCGAGCACUGGUAAUGAAUCAAUAACCCUGCAAUGCUCUUCAUUAUAGCUGCCAUUCAGACUGCAAUUCAAUAAUUAUGCAAUUGUCUAUCUCAAUUCUCACCUCCAUUAUUGUGUCACUUGUUGGAACGUCACAGGCUAGGGUUUCUGCUCUAGAAGGUCAAGUCCUGCUCGGGAUCUUUGGCAAGAGCAACCCCCAGAGUGAACCUCCCACUUUGGACCAACUCUGGGGAGAAGAUUGGCCAUUCUCCGGUUUGAGCUCCUACGCGCACUUGCCUUAUCAUAAGUGCCUCGUUGAGCCAGAUACCGACUUUGACAUCGGGAUCAUCGGAGUACCAUUUGAUACAGCCACGACAUACAGAACUGGGGCUAGGUUCGGCCCGAAGGGAAUCCGUGCUGCUUCUGCUCGUCAAACCAAGUUGAGGGGGUACAACCCUCGUGCCGGCAUUAACCCUUACAAUGAUUGGGCCAAGGUGAUUGACUGUGGCGAUAUCCCUGUUACUCCAAUGGACAACAAUCUUGCCUUACGACAGAUGACGGUUGGAUUUGAAGAGCUUUUGAUCAAGAGAAAUGUUACGGAAGCGGGGGCCUCAAGGACCCAGUUUCCAAGAUUAGUCGCUAUGGGCGGUGACCACUCCAUCCUUUUGCCUCAUUUACGGGCGUUGAAGAAGGCCUACAACGGAGAUAACCAAGAGAUCCAUGUGAUCCAUUUUGACGCGCAUUUGGAUACCUGGUCACCCUCUAAAUACCCCUCCUUUUGGCAUUCGAAGCAAUCAGAAUUCACUCACGGAUCCAUGCUUUGGAUGGCCGCGAAGGAAGGCCUUAUCAACGCUAAUAACAACGUGCACUUGGGCUUGAGAACCAGAUUGAACGGAGAGGAGGAUAACGAUGAAGAUGAGGAUCUUGGAUUUACCCGAAUCUCCGCUGACGAUGUUUGGAUUCACCAGUCUGGGGUAAACUAUGUUGUUGACAAAAUUUUGGAAACAAUCCCUAAGAAUAAGCCAGUAUACUUAUCAGUGGAUAUUGAUUGCUUAGACCCAGGCUUUGCUCCGGGUACUGGUACCAUUGAAUCCGGUGGGUUGUUACCAAGAGAACUCAUCUAUAUUUUGAGAAAAUUGGAGGGGUUGAACUUGGUCGGUGCGGACGUGGUUGAAGUAAACCCGGCAUUUGACCACAGUGAAGUCACCACUACCAACGGUGCCCAAGUGGUGUAUGAAUUGGUCACAAGUAUGGUGAAACGCGGAAAGUUGUCAUUUUUAUCGCAAAACGAACAAACCAUUGAGUCGAAGAAGGAGGAGAUUGAAUUGACCAAGUUAGGGCACGGCGGCGUUAUUGUUUCUGAAGCAAGUCUCAAGCAGGGCUACAAGUAUGUUGAUGAAUUGAGGUCAAAGAUCGAAGAUGAGAUUGCCCAAUUGGAUUUCUUAAAGGGCGAGUUGAAGGCGAAGUUGAAUAUGUUGGAAGCUUGAAAAGCUGAUAUCUUGGAAGCCCAUUUAAUGUCUAGCCAUAUGACCGAUGCAGGUUUGUGACUGCCUUGGAAUUGUAUAAUUUAGGAGUUUAUUGUAGUAAAUAAAGGUAUAAAUCGCAACUGCUCUG